AUUAAAUUAAAAUAUGGUUACUUAAAUGAGAAUAAUUUUGAUUUAUUAACGAAAAGAAAUUUUUUUUGGGGGGGAAUUAUGACGAAACGUUUGUGUUAAGUGUUUUUGACGAAAAUUAAGGAUUAAAAAUUGGAAAAUGCCGGGAAUUGUGGUUUUUAACAGACGAUGGGGGGUCGGAUCCGACGAUUUAGUUGUUCCCGGGGUGUUUUUAUUCAUCGUUCACGCAAUAUGGUUAAUAAUUUUGUGUGUUCUACUUGGUUUGACUCAUUUUGACAUCACGCAAGACUCGAUUAAAUAUCUUUUCGGAUUUUUAAUCGGAUAUCUCGCCGUGUUAAUUAUCUCGAUGGUAUCGGAAAUUUGCAUCAUAGUCGUGUCGUUACGAGGAAACAUCUUGGACACAAAACCGAGGGCCCCAAUGCAAUACAUCCUAUACGUGCGAGUCGUACUUUUGAUAAUCGAAGCUGGGUGGUUAGCGGCGGGAAUCGUUUGGAGCGUUUACUUUUACCAAGAUUGCCCGAUGGAAAUUACGAAACAAUUCACUUUGGGGUUGGUCGUGUGCAAUUGGUGCAUUAUAGUUUCGAUUUUAGUGACGGUUUGGUGCACUUACGACGCCGCCGGCCGAUCUUGGGUUAAAAUGAAAAAUUAUCAACGAUCGAUGAGGGAAUCGGAAUCGAAGUUUCAAUAUAAACGGUCGGGGAGUAAUCGGAAUUGGAGACAAAGAAAGGUGUUGAGGGCGUAUCAAGACAGUUGGCACCAACGGUGUCGAUUUUUGUUUUGUUGUAUGCGAGGAUCCGAUAGAAAUCGCAACUCAUUCACCGACAUCGCCCGAUUAUUAUCCGAUUUUUUUCGCGAUUUAGACGUCGUUCCAUCGGAUGUGAUCGCGGGGUUAGUACUUUUGAGGAAGUUUCAAAAAAUCGAAAGGAGAUCGAUUAUCGAACAGCGUAAAAAUGAAACUUACGAGUUUUUAUCAGGAGUUCCGGUUACACCCCGCACGCAAUUUCUCGCGUUACACGAAGGGGGCGAUUUGGAGCUGUUCCAAACGGUGAUACAUUACGCGUAUUUCGCGGUCGGAGCUUAUGGUUGGCCGAUAUAUGUGAUGACGGAGAAAUUGGGGGCUUGCAAAUUAUGCAGCAACUUCGGAUGUUGUUGCGUCCCGUGUCAAAAACGAGAUAAUAUCGAAAUAAUCGAGGAUAAUUGUUGCGCGUGUAAUUACGCGGCUUUGGAAAAGAUAAUUUCGAAGCGGGGAAAUAUCGAGGUGAUUUACGCGACUUAUCACGUCGAUGUGGGUGAAACCCCUUUUUAUGUGGCUUUGGAUUUCGAUAGGAAGAAGGUGGUUGUUAGUAUUCGGGGUACUUUGAGUAUGAAGGAUAUUUUAACUGAUUUAAACGCGGAAUCUGAGACUUUACCAUUGGAUCCCCCCCAAGAGGAGUGGUUGGGGCAUAAAGGGAUGGUCCAAGCUGCUCAAUAUAUUUUGGAUAAAUUACGCGGGGAGAAUUUGUUGGAGAAGGCGUUCGAUUAUUCUGUGGAGAGAGGAACGAAGGAGUUCCAAUUGGUGUUGGUUGGGCACUCUUUAGGAGCGGGGACUGCGUGUAUAUUGGGGAUUUUGUUGCGACAAGAGUACCAAGAUCUUUUAUGUUAUUGUUAUUCCCCCCCUGGGGGGUUAUUAAGCAUGCCGGCGGUGGAGUACACGAAAUCUUUUAUUAUUUCUGUUGUGAUUGGGAAAGAUGUCGUCCCCAGGAUUGGGUUGCAUCAAAUGGAAGCGUUGAGAUCCGACUUAAUUAAUGCGAUUAAACGGAGCGUUGAUCCAAAAUGGAAAACGAUAUCUUGCAGCAUUUGUUGCAAUUACGAGCCAACCUCGGCUGUUCAACUUUCAACAGACGAGCUCCACGUCCAAGAAUACAUGACAUCGAAGAAUCACGCGAGGAAUUUGGGGCUACACCCUUCCGAUAGCAGUAUAGCUUUGACCUCGCAUAAUCCCUUGUACCCCCCUGGAAGGAUUAUUCACGUCGUGAGGCACCACCCGACAAAAGGAGAACAAAAGUAUGAAAAUCAAUGGAGGCAGAAAUUAUCGAAGAAAGAACCCGUUUAUCAGGCGUUAUGGGCCCAAAAUACCGAUUUUGAUGAAGUUUUAAUCUCCCCGGUGAUGAUACAGGAUCAUAUGCCCGAUAAGGUCGUCGACGCGCUUAAUAAGGUUGUAACAACGAUGGGGCCAAGAAAACCGAGUCGGAUCGCGUCGAUUUCGCAAGAAAUCGACACCCAAAAAGAGGAGGAAUUUUUAGCACCAACAACGACGAAGAUCUACUUGGAAACAUCUUUCGCGGCGAGUUCCUCAUCAAGUUUAACAAACGGGUUGUGUUCAACGAGCGAAUCUUCCCCUUUACCGCUAGCGAACGUUAUUUCGUUGCUGAAUCAACGAAAAAGUUUCGAAAUAAUCAAAAAAUCGAAAUCGAGGUUAAGUUUAAACGUGAUUAGGACGCUAAAUAACGAAAACAAUAAAAGAAUCGAUUUUAUCCACGACGAUUGGUACGGAUUAGCCCCUUUAGCAAGUCCUGAGAGUUUAUCGGAAGUCUCGAGUAUCGCCUCAUCGAAAGCAAGCUUCCAAAUUAACAUGGAAAAGGCCGAGAUGUUGCUAAAAACACCUCUGGUUAUGAGGAGGACUCCAAAAAUUAUUAAUAAUUUAAGUACGUGUGCUGAUGAUAUCAGAAAUGUGAGGUAUUUCCAAAAAUUGGGGCAAUUAUCGCGACAUUUGAGGAGACCGAGCCAAAACGGGAGUCCAAUCACAAAUUCGAGUAGUAGCAAUUUAAGUUUUCAAUCAGCGAAUAGUAAUAAAUCAGAAAAAUCGGAAACUGUGGAUGUAAUUGCCAAAAAAAUGAGUUCGGAUGAGUACCAAAGCGCUGAAGAAAUCUUAGAACAAGUUAUUGAAACAGCGGGGUGCUCAGAAUUCUUUUCGGGGGCCCCAAAAAUUAACCUCGAAGAUACAGACGUGCUCCCAAACUUUGCAAUCGAUUUAAAUUUGUCCAUUGAGAAUCGUUCGGAACAAUUCCUUCAAAUUUCGAGUAAAUUGGCGACGACGCAAACUUUUCUAACCGAACCUAAACCGAUUUUAGAAGUGAAAAACGUUACCUUUAACCCGGAAGUCGUUAAUAUCGAAUCGAGCCCGAAGAAACCGAAAAAACCCGACAAGUGGAAUUUGAAGUUGCCGACUAAAUCGAAAAAGAUUAAAGCCGAAAUUUUGACUCUACCGACCAGUUCGAAAUCAAAUUUAGAACCCAAAACGAUUUUGUGCGUGAAAAAACAAGAUUCGCCCAAUUUUGUACGGAGGAAAAAGUACGUUUAUCCAACCGUCGAUUUACCAUUGGCCAAAGACGAGAGUAGUUUAUAACGAUCGAUUCGAAUAAUAAUUAAGAUAAUAACGUUUUGUUAUUAUUAGUCGAUUCGAUUUUAAUAUAGCGCUCGUCGUGUAAUUGUGAUAAUAAUAAAAAAUGAGGUUAUGAUUUAAUUUAA